AUGACUGAACUGCUGCUGCUGCGUGGCGGACUCAGCCGCGACCAGUUCCAGAGCUGGAAGCGCAAGUUCUCGCACGACUGUCCCGACGGGCGCAUGAACCUGGCCAAGACCGUGGAGUUGUUUCGCGACCUGUUUCCGUCGUCCAGCGAGCCCGAGCGGUUUGCCGAGCUCUGCUUCGAGGUCUUUGACCGCGACCGUCGGGGCUUCAUCGACUUCAAGGAGUUCCUCAACGCCGUCAACAUUGCGACGGGCGCCACGCUGGUGGAGAAGCUCGAGUGGGCCUUCAAGCUGGCCGACGCCGACAUGGACGGCAAGCUGGACAUGAACGAAAUCGUGGAGCUGGCCUCGGUCUUUUUCGUGUUCCGCACGGGCUCUAGCGGGGACCGCAUGAUCCGCUUCCUCACCGACGCCCAAAAGGCCUUCUUCCAGGUCUCGGACCACGAGGGCUUUGUGCACUACCAGGACUACCUCACGACAGCCCUCACGCACAAGUUUCUCUACGAGAUCUUUCUCUGA